AUGGCGGAGCUCUACGCAUUUUUCGAGGAUGUUGGCGUGCCGCAGCGGUGGCGAUCCACCACGCUUACCGUCGAACAAAGGGUGCUCAUGGCACUGCGUUUCUACGGGACCGGGGCCUUUCUUGGUAAUAUAGCUCAUGAAGAAUAUUUCACCACGACCAAGGGUCCUUAUCUGCGCUUCCCACAAACACCGGAGGAGAAGCUGGCCGUGAAACGUGGCUUCUACGACGUUGCAGGCCUGCCUGGGUGCCUUGGUGCAGUCGACGGCACAGCGGUCGCAAUCAUAGCACCCAGCACCAAGGAUCCACGUUUCACUGAUGGUAAUUAUUACAGCCACAAGGGAUACCAUGCACUGAACGUGCUGGGGAUUUGCGAUGCUAAUCGCAGAAUCCUCAACCUAAAUGCACGCUAUCCGGGGAGCUGUCACGACGCUGCUGUCUGGUCAAUGUGCAGGAUACGGCAGAGGACUUCAGUCCUGUUCGACGAUGGGGAGUGGCUGCUGGAGUGGAAGUUCCACAACAUAUACUUUGGUGCCGAAACCCGGGACCCGACUUCACCGCAAGAACGAACGUUGCAGCGAGUCAUCAUGGACCGACUGAAGGCUAAAAGAGGAGCACGACGUGCCCAGGUAACCAAGCUGGUGGAUGAGGUCAACGAGCGUCGACAGGACCUAAGCACAAGCAAGGCGAUCUUGAACGGACUUCUUGCACGGCUGGAAUCGAGUGAUAGAGACCUUCGCAAAGUGAACGAAGAGAUUGAGCCGCUGAUCAGGGAGGACGAUCUUCUGUUGGAAUAUGAGGCUGUCUUCAGGUAUGAAGAGUCAGCAGCAAAUGCAAUUGCAGAACUCCGAACCCGGAUUGCUGACAUAGAACUAAAUGACCGACGUACAAAUGCAACUCCUACGGUGGAGCCAUCGGCAGCGCAGACCACUCAUCAGGCCCAAGUAGGAAUAAAGCUCCCGAAACUGCAGCUGAUGACCUUUGCAGGUGAGCUUACGCAGUGGCAAACGUUUUGGGAGCAGUUUAGAACGGCCGUGCAUGAAAAUCGUCGUCUUAACAAGACAGAGAAAUUCCAGUAUUUGAGCACAUCGCUGAAAGGCCGAGCAGCAGCAGCCAUCCGCGGUUUACAGGCCACGGAAUCCUGUUACGACGACGCGAUCGAGAUUCUGUCGCAGCGAUUUGGGGAUACGACGCAGAUCGAGCGAGAGUACCUGUCAAGAUUGCGUAGUCUACCAGCAGUGAGGUCUUCAAAGGAUGUUGCAGGCCUACGUUCUUCGUACGACUAUGUUCAAGCCAACGUAAGAGGCCUGAAGUCACUCGGAGUUUCCACCAACAGCUUCGCCUCCAUGAUGGUGGAUAUUCUCCUUUCGGCUAUUCCACCCGAGAUGGUAGUGGAGUACCAUCGAACGGCAAAAUACGGAGCGCUUCGGACCGCCAGCAAUGAUACAGAUGACCACGGGUCGUUUUCGCCUUCGACAGAGGCAAGGGCUGCCACUGGCCCAGGAACGACCGAUGAGCUUUCAAAGGUGCUCAACUUCAUUCGCAUUGAAUUGGAAAGUUUGGAGCGAGCAGGAUUGAAAGACAGCAGGAUGACCCAUGUGGCCCAAAGCACAAAUAGGACGCGGAAGACAAGCGUUCCGACAGGAGCAGUCCUACAAGCUGCUGUAAAAGCAGUACCUAACUGUUUCUUCUGCGCAUCAAGCGAUCACAGCACAGCGGAAUGCGACGCCAGCCUACCCCUGAGAGAGAAGCUAAAAAUACUGUCGAAGGCAAGUCGAUGCUUCCGAUGCACAAAGAGGGGUCAUCGCUCGAAAGAAUGUCGUGCCAAUGUGACUUGUAGUCAUUGCAAGAAGAGACACGCAUCCGUUGUGUGCGAUCCCUCGAAACUACAAACUAAGGGCAUCGACUCCGUUCCACUGACCAAUCUGAUGGCAGUCAGCACCCACCGGACACAGCAUCAAGAACCCGACAUACUGCUCCAAACUGUCAGGAUUUGGGUGUCAUCGGGUACAGCCUGCACGCAACUUCGAGGCAUCAUAGAUGGCGGCAGUCAGAGGACUUUCGUCAGAGAUGACGUCGCCAAGAAACUGAACUUGAAAGUGGUGGGGGAGAGCAAGCUGCACUUGAACACGUUCGCAAGUGAUACUUCUACCAGGAAGACACACCAGGGCAAGGUCGUCGAGCUACGGUUAAGGAGCCAGUACCACCCGGCAGAACAUGUAAUUCACGCAACGACGAUUCCUUUUAUCUGUAAGGACCUAGCCGAGAUUCCGUCCAAUGAAGAGUUCGUAGCAUCCUUACGUCGCCAACGAGAGUAUAUAGCGGACGACAUGUUGUUCCCAAACUUGCAAUGCGAAAAUGGCAUUGCCUUACUGAUUGGGAGCGACGAAAUGUGGAAGUUGCUCACAGGACAAGUGAAAAGGUACCCAGGCGACGAAAGGUUGGUCGCGAUUGGAACGGUUUUCGGCUGGACCUUUCAAGGGCCGUCGCCUUCCGUAAGAAGCUACACGGACAAUUCAACCACAGCCGUCUGCGUCUUGAAGAUCGGAGUAGCAACGGAGCAAGAACCGGAUAUCCUAGAGAAGUUCUGGAAAUUGGAGUUCAUAGGUAUCUCGGAAGAGACGAUGUCCAACAAAGGGUACGACGCAGGGGUACUACAGGAUUUUCAACAGAACCUUCGUUUCGUAGACGGCCGUUAUGAGGUAGCGUUGCCAUGGAAGCCAGACGCCGAGUUUGAAGAUAAUUUUGAAACGGCUCGCAAGCGACUGCAGAGCCUCACCCGGCGACUGCUACGAGACGAUAGCAUGCAGGAGUACGACGAAGUUAUAAGAGCAUACCUGCAAAACGGCCAUGCUGAAAAGGUCACGACUGAGACACCGAGCUCUGGUAGGGUCUUCUACAUGCCACACAGGGCAGUGUUCAGAAGCGAGUCGACCACGACAAAGGUUCGAGUGAUUUUUGAUGCUUCCUCACACGCGGUAGGAGCGACCCCUCUCAACGACCACUUAGAAAAGGGGCCGAAGUUAACAUCUGACCUUGUACACAUCUUACUGCGUUUUCGGAUGUACGGAGUGGCAAUCACUGCGGACAUUCAGAAGGCGUUCCUUCAAAUUGGAAUUCGCGAGGCCGACCGGGACGCACUUCGGUUCUUGUGGUUGGCGGAGUCACCCACGCCAAGCUCCAUGCUGCCCGACUUCGAGUGCUGGCGAAUGACGCGAGUUCCGUUCGGGACUAGUGCGAGUCCUUUCCUGCUGAAUGCCACCCUGCGGCAUCACCUAACAUCAGUAGGGGGUCCGGACAAGGACCUUGCCUAUGACUUGAGCAACUCGUUUUACGUCGACGACCUGCUGAUCGGAACAGACACAGUAAACGAAGGAAAGCAGUUAAUCACUAAGGCUCAAGAAAUCCUGCAGAAGGCGGGUAUGAAAUUAAGCAAAUGGGCGUCGAACUCUGAAGAACUACAGGAUAUGUUUGUGGAAGCCGUGGUUAGCCGGAUUGACGAGGAGAAGUCCCUGAGCGAGCCUGCUCAGACGAAAGUCCUUGGAGUGGUCUGGGACAGAAAGAUGGACAGAUUCCGGUUUUCAGUUGAGCAUCUCAUAGAAGUCAUCGCGGGAAUGAUGGACAACAAGCGGUCCAUAUUAAAAGCUUCAACUAGAUUGUUUGAUCCCCUGGGAUUCCUGUCACCAUAUAUAAUUCGAGUGAAGAUUCUUUUCCAAGAGCUUUGGAAGGCGAAGCUGGACUGGGACACGAAGCUGCCUGAGGAACUGGCCAAGACAUGGCACGCGUGGUGUGCCGAGUUAACAGAUCUGCGUAAGGUCUCUGUAGAGCGAUAUCUACUUCCAUGCAGUGGAGUAACGCAUACUAUACAACUCCAUGUAUUUACAGAUGCCAGCCCACUCGCCUAUGGAGCAUGUGCCUUCAUCCGAAUCACCAGCGAGACUGGCGAAACUAAAGUCCGUCUACAGUUUGCAAAAUCACGCGUACCACCACUGAAGAAGAUAACACUACCACGGCUCGAAUUGAUGGGGGCCUUAAUUGGUGUACGCAUUGCAAGGUUUUUGAAUCAGGCUUUAGGUGGACUAAUCACUGAGACUAUCUUCUGGACCGAUUCAAAGAUCACACUGAGCUGGAUUCAGGGCGACGCAAGCAGGUGGAAGCCGUUUGUGCGGAACAGAGUUGUAGAAAAUCAAGAGUACAGCCAUCAUCAACAAUGGAAGCAUUGUCCCGGUUCUGAGAAUCCUGCAGACGCAGUGACCAGAGGACUCACAGUAAGAGCAUUGACGAAAAACAAGCAAUGGUUUGAGGGCCCCGACUGGCUUUCCAAAUCCAGCGCAGACUGGCCACAGCACGACGUAAAUGACGGUACUGAGUUAGGGAGUGUAGAAGAAGAAAAGUGUAAAACGGCGGUUCUGAUAGCAGAUAACACAGAAGACCUCCGUAAUUUGUUGGAGCUCUCAAGAUACUCGAACUACAAUCUCGUAUUGCGCAUUACUGCUUGGAUCAAGCGAUUCGUGCGAAACUGUCGCCACAGGGAAUGGUGCAUUGGACCCCUCACAGCGAUUGAAGUGGAGGACUCCGAACGGUUCUGGGUUAAACACGCCCAGCGUGAAGCCUAUGGAGAAGAAGUUUUGGCUUUGAGCCAAAACAGGGACGUCACUGAAUCGUCAAAAAUACGGCAAUUGCAUCCCUUUCUGGAUGAAAAUGGCGUGAUGCGUUUGACAGGGCGACUGCAGUUCUCCGACAGCUCAGAAGAAGUCAAGCACCCAAUCAUUCUGCCGAAGGCACACGCUUUAUCCAGGCUCCUAGCUGCAAAUGCUCAUCGACGGACAUUACAUGGAGGGGUACAAGUAACCCUGACCACUUUACGAGACAAGUUUUGGAUUCCACAAGCCAGACAGCUGGUGAAGUCUGUUAUACAUAGUUGCAGUACAUGCGUACGUUUCCGUGCAAGUCCAGCAACCGCACCGACGGCACCUUUACCAGCAGACAGAGUGAGUGCUACACACCCCUUUGAAACGACAGGAGUAGACUUCGCCGGCCCGGUGUACGUCAAACGUUCUCGGGACUCGUAUCAAACGUCAAAGUCUUUCAUUGCGCUGUUUACGUGCGCCACCACAAGGGCGAUACACCUGGAGCUGGUGACUGACCUGACAGCUAGGGCCUUCAUCCUGGCAUUUCGCCGGUUCACAUCCAGAAGAGGAACUCCCUCCGUCAUGUACAGCGACAACGCCCUCACAUUUAAGAAAGCGGCGAAAGAUCUGGGAGACUUGUUCAAAGUAAUUCGGAGCACAGAGUCUCAGGACUACUUAUCGACGAGACGAAUCAGCUGGAAAUUCAUCGUAGAGAGGGGGGCUUGGUGGGGCGGCAUGUGGGAGCGCAUGGUGAGGACAGUUAAGAAUUGUCUACGGCGCACGUUGGGCAAACAGAGCCUAACGUUCGAAGAAUUGGCAACACUCCUGCACGAGGUGGAGGCCACCGUCAACUCCAGACCUCUCACGUAUCUACAUGCAUCCCCUGAAGAGCCAGCUGCUCUGACACCAGCGCACUUGCUAGUGGGCAGAACUUUAACGGCGUUACCGGAACAACCAGCAACGGAGGUAACGACUUCAACAGCCGACGGCACAGUUAAAAGGUGGAGACACCGACAGAGAAUGUUGGACAGCUUCUGGAACAGGUGGAGAAGAGAAUAUUUACUUCAGUUGAGGUCGGCUCACGAGUACCGGACCUCAAACAAAUCAACUGCCCUUCGAGAAGGCGAUGUUGUCCUUCUGCACGAAGAAAAGCUCCCCAGACAAAUGUGGAGACUCGUAAGGAUCGUUGAGUUGUACAAGGGGCGCGACGGCAACGUGCGGUCGUGCCAAGUGAAGCUUCCCAGUGGGGCGGUUACUCGUCGGCCCGUACAGCUAUUGUAUCCUCUCGAGAUGAUUGAACAAUGA